AUGGCUACCCAAGAAACUUUGCUACACAAGCCUAGAAAAUCCAUUCCCAAAACAUUUUGGUUAGUUCUCUCUUUAGCUGCUAUCAUAAGCUCAUCAGCCCUUAUUAUUUCUCAUCUGAACAAACCCAUCUCCAUUUUCCACUUCUCCUCAGCUCCUAAUGUGUGUGAACAUGCAGUUGAUACAAACUCAUGCUUAACUCAUGUAGCUGAGGUAGUUCAAGGUUCAACCUUGGACAACACAAAAGACCACAAAUUGAGUACACUCAUAUCGUUGUUAACCAAAUCCACCACACACAUUCGAAAGGCCAUGGACACGGCUAAUGUUAUCAAACGCCGAAUUAACAGCCCUAGAGAAGAAAAUGCUUUGAAUGUCUGUGAAAAACUAAUGAACUUGUCCAUGGAAAGAGUUUGGGACUCAGUGUUAACUCUCACAAAAGAUAAUAUGGACUCACAGCAAGAUGCACACACUUGGCUAAGUAGUGUGCUCACAAACCAUGCAACUUGUUUGGAUGGAUUAGAAGGUACGUCUCGGGCUGUUAUGGAAAAUGACAUUCAGGACUUAAUAGCAAGAGCUAGAUCAUCUCUAGCCGUGCUUGUUGCCGUUUUACCUCCAAAGGAUCACGACGAAUUCAUUGAUGAAUCAUUGAAUGGUGACUUUCCCUCUUGGGUAACAAGUAAAGAUCGAAGGCUUUUGGAGUCUUCAGUUGGAGACGUAAAGGCCAAUGUUGUGGUGGCUAAAGACGGGAGUGGCAAGUUCAAGACUGUUGCUGAGGCUGUUGCAUCUGCACCUAACAAAGGUACGGCAAGGUAUGUUAUCUACGUGAAAAAGGGAAUCUACAAAGAGAAUGUAGAAAUCGCUAGUUCAAAGACGAACGUGAUGCUCUUGGGUGACGGUAUGGAUGCAACGAUAAUCACAGGCAGCUUAAAUUACGUUGAUGGAACAGGCACCUUCCAAACUGCAACUGUUGCUGCUGUUGGGGAUUGGUUUAUAGCUCAGGACAUUGGAUUCCAAAACACGGCAGGUCCACAGAAGCAUCAGGCAGUUGCUCUGCGCGUCGGCUCUGAUCGAUCUGUCAUUAACCGUUGCAAAAUUGAUGCAUUUCAAGACACUCUAUACGCACACACCAACCGACAAUUUUACCGUGACUCCUUCAUUACCGGUACCAUUGACUUUAUCUUUGGAGACGCAGCUGUUGUGUUGCAGAAGUGCAAACUCGUGGCCCGAAAGCCCAUGGCCAACCAAAACAACAUGGUCACAGCCCAGGGUCGAAUAGACCCAAACCAGAACACCGCAACUUCAAUUCAGCAAUGCGAUGUAAUCCCAAGCACGGACCUCAAACCUGUGAUAGGCUCCGUCAAAACCUACUUAGGCCGCCCAUGGAAGAAAUACUCCAGGACUGUUGUGAUGCAGUCCUUGUUAGGAGCCCACAUUGACCCAACAGGAUGGGCAGAAUGGGAUGCCGCGAGCAAGGACUUUCUCCAAACACUGUAUUACGGAGAGUACAUGAACAGCGGACCCGGUGCUGGUACCAGCAAGAGAGUGAAAUGGCCUGGUUAUCAUAUCAUCAAUACUGCCGAGGCGAACAAGUUUACAGUGGCCCAACUCAUCCAAGGUAAUGUUUGGUUGAAGAACACUGGAGUGGCCUUCAUCGCAGGCCUGUAGAAAUCGGCUUUGGCAAGCGUCUACUGAUAUGUUUCCGACGCUUUGCAGAAAAUAAAAUGCAAAAAUUAUGCUUUAUGGCAGAAUAUUACAAAUCUUCUAUUGGAGUUGUAAUGACUAAUGAAUGCUUCAUGUCGAAAAUAAACUACUCUUUACUUUA